UACGGAUAAUACAUGGAAGCAACGCAAGCAUUGUACUUUUAGGCCUGUCUUGUAGUGAACGAACUGUAAACUCUGUAAGAAUGGUGACAAAGGCUUAGUUUUGAAAGUGAUUAUUGAUUAAGAACAAGUUUAAUAAUCAAUUCCAUAUUUAGAACCUGCCUAUAUUACUUAACGAACUGGAAAGUCAACACGCACUUCAGAGAAAAUGGAACUGAAACCGGGCUUAUCAGCUUUUGUCACUGGUGGUGCCUCUGGGAUUGGUAAAGCUCUAAGCUUAGCUCUUGGAGAGAAGGGAAUAUUUGUAACAAUUGUUGAUUUUUCUGAAGAUAGGGGGAAGGAAGUUGCAUCCCUUGUGGAGAAAGAGAAUGCUAAGUUCCAUUCAAACUUGGGAUUUCCACCAGCUAUUUUUAUAAGAUGUGAUGUAACCAACACUAGAGAUAUAGCUGCUGCAUUUGAGAAGCAUGUAGCAACAUAUGGAGGAUUGGAUAUCUGUAUCAACAGUGCUGGCAUAGGCAAUCCUAUUCCUUUCCAUAAGGAUCAAACUGAUGGAACGCGUUCUUGGAGACUCACCAUUGAUGUGAAUCUCAAUGCAAUUAUUGAUUGCACUCGCCGAGCGAUUGGAAUUAUGCAAGCUAUGAAAAAGCCUGGAGUGAUUAUAAAUAUGGGUUCGUCUUCUGGUCUUUAUCCGAUGUAUAUGGACCCUAUCUACUCAGGCUCAAAAGGCGGGGUUGUUCUAUUUACUAGAUCACUUGCUCCCUACAAACGUCAGGGAAUUCGUGUCAAUGUGCUUUGCCCUGAGUUUGUUGAAACUGACAUGGGCUCAAAAGUGGAUCCUAAAUUUAUUGGUUGGAUGGGGGGCUUUGUGCCCAUGAAAAUGGUGGUGAAAGGUGCUUUUGAGCUUAUUAGCGAUGAGAGUAAAGCUGGUUCAUGCCUAUGGAUUACAAAUCGCAGAGGCUUGGAGUAUUGGCCCACCCCAACUGAAGAAGCAAAAUACUUGGUGCGUUCUUCAAGUUCUAGGAAGAGGUCUUCAGUCAGCACCCCUUUGAAUCUUAACAUCCAACUUCCGCAGAGUUUUGAGAAAAUAGUUGUUCACACCUUGACUCAUGAUUUUCGAAAUGCAACCGGCAAAGUCCGCUCUCCAUUGAGAUUACCCAUUAAACCAAAUCAUGUUCUCCUGAAAAUCGUUUAUGCUGGAGUAAAUGCUAGUGAUGUUAAUUUCAGCUCAGGUCGUUAUUUCUCUGGCAACACCAAUACUGUUGGUUCUCGUCUUCCAUUUGAUGCUGGCUUUGAGGCAGUGGGAAUAAUUGCAGCAGUAGGGGACUGUGUCUCUGACCUGAAAGUUGGCACUCCGGCUGCCAUCAUGGUUUUUGGCAGUUAUGCUGAAUAUUCCACGGUUCAUUCCAAACACAUCCUUCCUGUGGCCAGACCAGAUCCAGAAGUUGUUGCCAUGCUUACUUCAGGACUAACAGCAUCAAUUGCUCUAGAAAAGGCUGGGCGGAUGGAAUCUGGGCAAAAAGUUUUUGUUACAGCUGCUGCCGGAGGGACUGGGCAAUUUGCUGUCCAGCUUGCGAAAUUAGCAGGAAAUACAGUGGUGGCAACAUGUGGAGGAGAGACAAAGGCGCAGCUUUUGAAAGACCUAGGAGUUGAUCGUGUCAUAAAUUAUAAAGUUGAAGAUAUCAAAUCUGUUCUAAAGAAGGAGUUUCCCAAAGGUUUUGACAUCAUUUAUGAAUCUGUUGGGGGUGACAUGUUUAAUUUGUGCUUGAAUGCUUUGGCAGUCUAUGGACGACUCAUUGUGAUUGGAAUGAUUUCCCAGUAUCAAGGAGAAAAAGGAUGGAAGCCAUCAAAUUAUACUGGACUAUGUGAAAAGAUUUUAGCAAAAAGCCAAACUGUGGCUGGAUUUUUCUUGGUACAAUAUGCUCACCUGUGGCAACAGCAUCUGGACAGACUCAUCAAUCUUUACUCUACAGGAAAGCUUAAGGUUUCUGUAGACCCAAAAAGGUUUAUAGGUCUUGAUUCUGUAGCAGAUGCAGUUGAAUAUCUUCAUUCUGGUAAAAGUGUCGGCAAGGUGGUUGUUUGUGUAGAUCCAACUUUCAGUCAACAAAUGGCAAAGUUAUGAGUAAUUAACUUUUGUUUGAAUCAUCCUUCUACAAGCAAUUCUUAAUACAAAACAAUAAGUUUAGACAAAGAAAGGAAGAUUCAGAUCAGGCUUUUACUGUAUGCAUAUCCUUAUCUGUCUUAUAGUUGGUCAAAUCAAGUAAGCCACUAAAUAAACAAGUGUGUUUGUAUCUUGCAAGAAUAAAAUUUUGAAACAAUAAGUUAAACGAAAACAUUGGAUGUACAAACUUUGAGGCUUGAGCUAUUAACUGAUGCCACAGUAUUUGUUGAAUUUUAUCUUAUACCCAUUAUUACUUGAA